UCAUUGCAACAUCCCAAUCCCUAAUUAUCUCCAUAAUUUCAAUCCAUGAAUUCCUGUUAAUCCUUACAUUCAACUGAAAAACCUAAUUCUGCAGAUGCUUUCUAUUUCUGGAUCUCUCGCUUUUCGGAUCUCUUAUUCCUUCAAUUUGAUCAAUAAGGGUUUCAAUUGGUUGAUUGAUUGCUACAACGAACCUGAAUAGAUAUGGGUAUGGGUAUAGAUGUAUAAACUGUAAUGAAGUAGAAGUUUACACAGGGAAUAAUAGGAUACGGAGAGUUUGAUUUUGGGGAUUAGGUUUUGGAAAAUUCGUAGCUAUGUUGAAGAUCAUCAAGGGGAUGAAAAAGGGUUCCAAACCCGAAGUGAUUGAACCACCUCCAGGACCUAAUGGUCCAUCUGAUGUGACUGUAAACCAUGCUUCACGUGCCGCUAUCCCCCCUACUCAGCUUCCUAAUGCCAGGUCACAGGUUAUUCGAGCCCCUUCACCUCAAACUGAUGAAAUUGAGAUUGAGGUGACACCUAUGUUGAAAGAUGUACCGAUAUCCGAAAGACAUGUUUUGUUUAUUAAGAAGGUGAAUAUCUGUUCGGUUCCGUUUGACUUUUCUGAUGCAUUGAAGAAAGUUAAAGAGAAGGAGAUUAAGAGGCAGAACCUUUCGGAACUUGUUGAUUUAGUGCAGACGGGUUCGAGUAAGAUGAAUGAGAUCAUGCAAGAAGAGAUGGUUAAGAUGAUAUCGGUGAAUAUAUUUCGACCUUUGCCUCCUGCGGCAUUUGAGAAUACAGGAGCCAUUGAUGGUGACCCGGAAGAAGAUGAUAUGUACUUGGAACCCUCUUGGCCACACUUGCAACUUGUAUAUGAAUUGCUUUUGAGAUAUGUGGUGUCGCCUGAUACAGAUACUAAAGUAGCUAAGCGGUUUAUUGAUCAUUCGUUUGUGUUGAACUUGCUUGAUUUGUUUGAUUCAGAAGACCCAAGGGAGCGGGAGUAUUUGAAGACUAUACUCCAUCGCGUAUAUGGUAAAUUUAUGGUCCAUCGCCCCUUCAUAAGGAAGGCAAUAAAUAAUAUCUUUUAUAGGUUUAUAUUUGAAACAGAAAGGCAGCCUGGCCUUGGUGAAUUGUUGGAGAUUCUUGGAAGCAUAAUAAAUGGGUUUGCUGUCCCAAUGAAGGAAGAGCAUAAACUGUUCCUUGUGCGAGCACUUAUACCACUCCACAAGGCGAAGUUUAUCAAUUAUUAUCAUCAACAGUUAUCCUACUGCAUAACCCAGUUUGUUGAAAAAGAUUACAAAUUGGCUGAUCCUGUUAUUAGAGGGUUAUUGAAAUACUGGCCUGUUACUAACUGUAAUAAAGAGAUUCUCUUUCUUGGAGAGCUAGAAGAAGUUCUGGAUGCGACGCAACCUGCAGAGUUCCAACGCUGCAUGGUUCCUCUCUUUCGACAGGUUGGACGCUGCAUUAAUAGCCCCAAUUUCCAGGUUGCAGAACGAGCACUUUUCUGGUGGAACAAUGAACACAUAGUGGACUUGAUUGCACAGAAUCGAGACGUCAUUUUACCCAUCAUCUUUGAACCCUUAGAGAAGAAUAUCCAGGGUCACUGGAAUCAAGCAAUAAAUGGUUUGACUGGGAAUGUCAGAAAAAUGUUCAUCGAGAUGGAUGCAGAGCUCUUUGAGGAGUGUAGUAAUCGGUUUCUGGAAAAUGAAGCCAUGACCAAGGAAAUGCAUGAGCAACGUGAGCUGACUUGGAAGAAACUGGAGGCAAUUGCAUCAGAGGAAGGAGGAGAUGAUAUAAUUAUGGUUAAUUGAUAAUGCAUCGAAGAACACUAAAAUGGACUUUCCGUUUACAUUUUCUAUUUUUACCCUUUUACCAUCGUGGUUUCUGAUUUUUGUCUCUCUAUCUGGAUUGUCAAAGUUUUCUAGGCCAUCUUCACUCUCCGCAAUGCUUGCAACAGGAUGCCACCUGGACUCUUGCCUCUUUCUAACAUUCAAAAGGGCAGAGGUACAGUUGAUCUUCUUCAGUCAUUCUCCUACAGUCUCAUAGAGCACAACCAAUUGCUCUUUCUUUUUCCUUUCCGUUCUUUCGCCUUAGAGUAAUUAUUAUUUGUUGUUAUGAUUGUUGAUAAAUUGUUAUUGGGUUAAUAAUAAGUAUAAGGUGGUCACAAUGUUAACAUCAUAGGGAUGUUUUCUGCACACAAGUUCUUCAACUUUCUCUAAUUUUGUGGUCAAAUGAACCAUAUUUCAUAUUUUUUGUGAAUACAAAUUUCUGUUAAUGGUUUUUUGGGUGCUAAA